CCUGGUUUAUUCCUCUUAUUAUCCAAAUAAUCGUCCCACACGAAAAUUCCAAAAGCUUAAACUGACUUCAACCCAAGAAGCAGCACAGCAUUCCCAAUUUCCCAGAAGCCCAAGAAAGAUCAACAUUCGAACAAAGUUGGAGUCUUUGAGCUGUUUGAUUGCUCACCAAAGUCAAGCCGAUCAUAAUAGUAGUUGAAGAUUUUGAGUUUAGAUGUUAAUUGGGGUUUCACUAAAUUUGGAGAGGUGGGAUAGUCUGACCAGAUGAAUGUGGUUGGCAAAGUUGGGAGCCUAAUUUCCCAAGGUGUUUACUCUGUUGCCACCCCCUUUCAUCCUUUCGGCGGGGCAGUUGAUGUCAUUGUUGUUCAGCAGCAAGAUGGGACGUUCCGAAGUACACCUUGGUAUGUUCGGUUUGGAAAAUUUCAGGGUGUUUUGAAAGGUGCGGAGAAGGUUGUUCGGAUAAAUGUGAAUGGCAUCGAUGCCAACUUCCAUAUGUAUCUUGAUAACUCGGGUGAGGCUUACUUUAUAAGGGAGGUUGAUCCUAGCAAAGGAAGUGAGGCGAAUGGGGCUGAUCCGGAUAAUUUAAAACGAGAAGAUGGAGAUGGCCAGAAUGCAGAGAGGGCGGAAUCUGAUGUUGAUCGGAAGUUUUAUGAAUUUCAAGAUGAUCAAUCUUCUCUAGAAGGUUCAGCUGAGUUAUCAGAGUAUGGGUCGUCUCGAUAUGAUAAUUUUGAUACUGAUCUUCUUGGGGAAUCACAGACUUUAAGCCCAGAAGUUAUAUUGGUGAGUGUGGAUGGUCAUGUAUUGACUGCCCCCAUCUCAGCAUCAGAACAGAAUGCAGAGAAUUUGCAAUUAGACACGCCUCGGUUUAAUCUGGGCCCCGGUGAAGAGACUGACUUCUGUGAAGGAAAUGAGGAGUUGAGUUCGGGAGAGAAUGCUUGGGCCGCUGAUUAUAUUAGUAAGCUGGAUGCACCUAGAACUAGUGUUGCAGCCAGUAAAGUUCGCAGCAUUCAAAAUAAUAAUAAUGAUACUGGUCUCCAAAUUGAAGUUUGUGAAGGAAAAGAAGAACAGGCCUAUCAAGCUCAAGAAACUCAAAAGACUUCAAGCCCGGACAGGGAUCUUCAGAUGCAUAGUGAUUCAGAAGAUGUAAUUGCUAAUAAGGCAGAGCUUUCUGGGAGCUGCUUGGAGCUAACAGAGCUGGGCGAACGUGCUGGUAAAAAUGAUGUUGAAGAUGAGGAUUCAACAGAACAGUCUCAACAGACUCUGGAUGCUGGUAUUGUCGAACUAAAAAAGAACAAUGAGUUGUCUGCUUCCUGUGGUUCUGAUUUACCUGACAACAAUAUGUCUCCAGAUUUACAAGUUGGAAAUGAUUCAGGACUUGCAUCUGAGGCUAGUGUUGACAGCACUUCAAUGUAUUCUGUCAGCAAUGAUAUAGAAAGGAAGGAUGAACAAAUGGGUGCUGACAGCAGUUCUGUUCAGUCUGUCAGCUUUGAUUUUGAAAGGAAGGAUGAACAAAUUUCCGCACAUUCUGUCAGCAAUGGUUUAGAACGGAAGGAAGAAGAAAUCAGUAAUGACAGUGUAUCUGAACAUUCUGUCAGCAAUGCAUUGGCAGAAGUUAAUGGGACAGAGACUGGGCAAGAAAGAGGUGAAACCGGAGAUGAAUGCAGUAAAAGUGAGUUGAUAGAACCAGGAACAGCAUCUACCAGUGAAAUAACACAAGAUUAUUCAAGUACUAGGUUUGAGAUCUCACUGUGUAGGAAUGAACUUCGGGCGGGUAUGGGCAUGACUGCUGCUGCUGAAGCCUUUGAUGCCCAUCAUGUUUCUGCAGAGGAUUUCAAAGCUUCUGCUUCAGCAAUUAUAAAAAAUGAAAACCUGAUCAUCAGAUUUAAAGAUAGAUACUUUUCAUGGGAGAAAGCAGCUCCUGUUGUUCUCGGAAUGGCUGCAUUUGGUCUAGAUUUACCCCUUGAGAGCAAGGAUGCAAUUCCUGUAGAACAAGAUGAUACAGAAAAACCGUCCACUCCUUCUGGACGCAGAUGGAGGCUGUGGGCUAUUCCAUUCCGAAGGGUCAAAACACUUGAGCACACCAGCAGUAAUUCUUCAAAUGAGGAGGAAUUUGUUGAUUCUGAAUCCAGUUUGCAUAACUCUCAAGUUGAAGCAACUCCUGAGUCCCCUCAAAAGCAAUUUGUAAGGACAAAUAUUCCCACCACUGAGCAGAUAGCAUCUCUAAAUCUCAAAGAUGGCCAAAAUGUGAUAACUUUCAGUUUCUCUACCAGAGUUUUAGGAACACAACAGGUCGAUGCACAUAUAUACUUGUGGAAAUGGAAUGCACGCAUUGUAAUUUCUGAUGUUGAUGGAACUAUCACCAAGUCUGAUGUUUUAGGUCAGUUUAUGCCAUUAGUUGGAAAGGAUUGGACACAAUCUGGGGUGGCUAGAUUGUUCUCUGCAAUUAAGGAAAAUGGAUAUCAGCUACUGUUUCUGAGUGCACGUGCAAUUAUACAGGCAUACCUCACGAGAAGCUUUUUAAAUAAUCUAAAACAGGAUGGAAAAGCUUUACCCAGUGGACCUGUUGUUAUCUCACCUGAUGGAUUAUUUCCUUCAUUAUUUCGCGAAGUUGUAAGAAGAGCACCGCAUGAAUUCAAAAUUGCCUGUUUAGAGGACAUAAAAAAACUAUUCCCCCAGGAUUACAAUCCAUUUUAUGCGGGUUUUGGAAAUAGAGAUACAGAUGAGCUCAGCUACAGAAAAAUUGGGAUUCCAAAGGGCAAGAUUUUUAUAAUCAAUCCCAAGGGUGAGGUGGCCAUCAGCCACCAUCGUGCUGGUGAUGUGAAGUCGUAUACAUCUUUACAUACUCUUGUCAAUGACAUGUUUCCUCCAACUUCAUUGGUUGAGCAGGAAGACUUUAACUCAUGGAACUAUUGGAAACUGCCAUUGCCAGAAGUUGACCUAUAGUGAUGUUUUUGACCAAGAGAAAAUGUACAUUUCCCUUUUGGCCAACAUUAGUGGCUUCAAGGAGCAUAUACAACAUAAGAGGAUCACAGACUUUGCAUUCUUCCUGAUCUUCAAAAUGUCUGCACAGAACUGGCCAGUUGUACUUAUUAGCGAGAAUUGCAGUCCAUUGACGCUGUACUUGUAAUAGAAAUAUGGAAUCAUUGAUAACCAGAAAGCUCUCUUAAAGAAUAGACAAUUUAGUUCUCUUAUGUGCAAGGCAAACUGAAUGAGUAUGACGCAUCGAGUGGCUGUGUUCUUUCCGAUGUUAACUAGCCACUCAAAAAGUACUCUUCAUUUAUGUUGAGAAAAACAAUACAGUACUACUACCAUUACAGUUCUCUUGA